UGCCUCUUUCUUUCCUCGUUGCGUCUCUUGCUCCAUGAAUUUAUCUCUCCUGCCUUCUUCCUUCAGCCGUCCACCUCCUCGGCAGCACGCCGCACGCGCCUGUGCCAUUUGAGGCUGUAAAUCUGAAGGCUAGAAAGCCGUUUCCGCGCGCUACUCCGCGAGAUAUCGAGGCACGUCGCAAUUCGCGACUCGCGCGAGGCGUGACGAAGCGUACGCGUGUCAGCAUCGUCGUCAUCAUGGGUUGGUACACGUCGCUCAUCGUGUUGGUCGUCGCGGUCGCCGUGGCGGCCGUCCUCACUCCCAACUCCAUGCUGCCAUACGGUGCCAAGCCCACUGACGCCACCCCCCUAACGCCCUCGGCAGGAGCGGCGCUGCGCUUUGUGCACGUGCUGUGCUCCUCGGUGGCGACGGGGGCGUCUGUGUGGGUCACGUUCUUUGCUGGCGUCAUCAUGUUUCGCCACUUGCCCCGCCACACCUUUGGCAGGAUCCAGGGCCGCCUCUUCCCUGCUUACUUCCGCCUCGUCGCCCUCACCUCUGCCCUGGCCGCCCUUGCGCUCAAGCUCAGGCUGAGUUGGGCUGCUUCUGGUGCUGCUGAAGCAGCGGGGGCCCUGCAGCACGUGCAGCUGCUGCUGCUGCUCGCGGCUCUUUCUGGCGCGCUGCUGAACCUGCUGCUCCUGGAGCCAAUCACCACCAAGAUAAUGCAGGAGAGGCACCGCAUAGAGAAGGAGGCGGGGAUCGGGGAGGAGGUGGGGCUGUCUCGCAACAGGGAGGUGGCGCGGACCAAUAAGGAGCUGGCAGCUGUCAACCGCCGGUUCGGAAUGUGGCACGGCAUGUCAUCGCUGUCCAACCUGGUUGCCCUCUGCUCGUUGGGUGCUCAUGCGUGGUUCCUCUCCCAGCAGCUCCCCAUCUAGUGCCCUAGUAAGAAGCUGACAGCUGUCAGUCGCUGGUUUGGCAUGUGGCAUGCCAGGCACGGCAUGUCGUCCCUAUCCAACCGCGUUGCCCCCUGCUCUCUUGGCGCUCAUGCAUGUUUUCUGUCACAGUAGCUCUCCAAUUAGCUGGUAUAGAGGUGCCUCAUAACAAGGCCAAUGGCCACCGUCAACAUGCUUGGUUCCUGACACACAUCCGGGUGUCCGUCCAGCUUCUAGCUGCUGUGUGUCAGCAAACAUAUAUAUAUGUUGGAAAUACCUGGAGGACUUGAGCGUUUCUGAAAUGUAACAUUACACUCGAGGAAAGGCGUAUCGAGUACGUGAGUCAACGGAGGUUACGUACACGAGUCAACGGAGGUUACACGAGGAGGUUGGACGAAAGAAUACGAAAGGACGAAGGGACUCGAAGGGUCGCAACCGGAGGUUGCGAUUGACCGUUGCGACUGCUAAGGUGGUAACCGAACCGACAAUCGAGUCGCUGUGUGACUCGAUAAUUGUUCCUUCAACUGUAUUCUACAACUGCUUCAUUCCUUAUUUUCUAUAUAUUGCUGUAUGCUUGUUUCUUUU